AUGAAGCGAAACUGGAGUGGGACGAUCGCCAUCGACUUGGUAGCGCAGCUGCCUGGAGCGUCCAUCUACAGUCCCCGGUUCGUAAACCAGUUUGAUCGUUGCAUUUUCCUUUCCUGUUACAUCUGGCGCCCAACAUGGCGCCCGGAAAAUAUCGACAAAAACGCAGUCUUGUUCUACAGCUAUGUCUGCUACCCCUUGGAAUACUCGGGACAAGUUCUUUCUCAGAGGGGAUCCUUCAAUCAAGUAGUUCGUAAUAACCUCAGUGCAGAGGGAAAGGGAUCAUUCAAUCAAGUAGUUCGUAAUAACCUCGGUGCAAAGGGGCAAGGAUCCUUCAAUCAAGUAUUUCGUAAUAACUUCGGUGCAGAGGGACAGGGAUCCUUCAAUCAAGUAGUUCGUAAUAACCUCAGUGCAGAGGGACAGGGAUCCUUCAAUCAAGUAGUUCGUAAUAACCUCGGUGCAGAGGGACAGGGAUCCUUCAAUCAGGUAGUUUGUAAUAACCUCAGUGCAGAGGGACAGGGAUCCUUCAAUCAAGUAGUUCGUAAUAACCUCAGUGCAGAGGGACAGGGAUCCUUCAAUCAAGUAUUUCGUAAUAACUUCGGUGCAGAGGGACUGGGAUCCUUCAAUCAAGUAGUUCGUAAUAACCUCGGUGCAGAGGGACAGGGGUCCUUCAAUCAGGUAGUUUGUAAUAACCUCAGUGCAGAGGGACAGGGAUCCUUCAAUCAAGUAGUUCGUAAUAACCUCAGUGCAGAGGUACAGGGAUUCUUAAAUCAAGUAGUUCGUAAUAACCUCAGUGCCGAGGGACAGGGAUCCUUCAAUCACGUAGUUCGUAAUAACCUCAGUGCAGAGGGACAGGGAUUCUUCAAUCAAGUAGUUCGUAAUAACCUCAGUGCCGAGGGACAGGGAUCCAUCAAUCAAGUAGUUCGUAAUAACCUCAGUGCAGAGGUACAGGGAUUCUUAAAUCAAGUAGUUCGUAAUAACCUCAGUGCAGAGGGACAGGGAUUCUUCAAUCAAGUAGUUCGUAAUAACCUCUGUGCAGAGGGACAGGGGUCCUUCAAUCAAGUAGUUCGUAAUAACUUCGGUGCAGAGGGACUGGGAUCCUUCAAUCAAGUAGUUUGUAAUAACCUCAGUGCAGAGGGACAGGGAUCCUUCAAUCAAGUAGUUCGUAAUGACCUCAGUGCAGAGGGACAGGGAUCCUUCAAUCAAGUAGUUCGUAAUAAUGACGUACACUUUUUGCGAAAUGUCGAUAGCAUUCUUAUUUCGUAG